UGGAGGCUACUGGUUCCAGAGAGGGAGGCUUGGCCGCCUCAGACAUAGACUCCACUCUCUUCACACACCUCUUCUGCGCAUUCGCCGACCUCAACCCCUCCACCAAUCAACUCACCGUCUCCCCCGCAAACACCGCCCUCUUCUCCCAAUUCACUGCAACCGUACUAUCCAAAAAUCCAAACGUCAAAACCCUCCUCUCCAUCGGCGGUGGGAGCGGCGGCGAGGCUUCCUUCUCCGCCAUGGCGAGCCAGCCCGCCUCCCGGCGCUCCUUCAUCGACUCCUCGAUCAGGCUGGCCCGCUCCUACGGCUUCUCGGGGCUCGAUCUGGACUGGGAGUAUCCGCGCACGGCCGCCGACAUGGCCAAUCUCGGAGUGUUUGCAUAUGAAUUAAUCAUUGCUGACUCAUCAAAGCAAACUGUGUAGCAGUUUAAAUUUUUGAUAUGAUCGGCGACAAUUCCGAUAAAAAUGUCGCCGCCGUUGACUCCUCGCGCAGCUGCUUACCUCGGUGCCGUCGCUCUCCAAAUUCAGAAGAAACUCCAACGCGCUUUAGCUUCGCCAUCGCAGAGCCGAAAUUUGCUGCAAGAGUUGUUCGCGGACAUAGCUUUGGAGGUAGAUGAUCGUGCUAAAGAUAUUAUUUUUGAUGAGGAAGAUGUAGUUUAUGUUGCAGAAGAUGGAUAUGGUUGCGCAUACUGCUUUUACGACGUCCUCGCUGAUUAUUUUGUAUGCAUACCGCAGAGUGGAGAUUUGAUAAUCGAUCUAAUAGUACAGCUCUGGAGCCAGUCAUUUGCAUCUAAUAUAUUUUGUCUUUUGUUCUACAAGCGGAUGUUUGAGGUUCGGUUUGAUAAUCUUGAUGUCAUACUUCGUUAUUCAUCUGCUCUAGUCCAAGGUGCUAAAAAUGUCUUCUGGACUGACAUUCAAACAAAUACAAGGCGCUUCUCAAGUCUCUUUAUUUAUUUUCUGGAUGAUGUUUCUCUCCGCUCAGAAAGGUUAAAGAAGAUCUCCCCACAGGCUCAGAGAGACCUAUUUCUUCUUCUCUCAAGAUUCCUAUUUUUCUACGACACAGAUGAUCGGCUUGAAAUAUUUUUGAAGCAAUUCCCAGAUUUUCCAAAUGCUUUUUUGAUUGGUGGUGCAGCAGACAUAUUUGUCGGUGAACUAGCGGGUCAGCUCCAGGAAUUGAAGGUAGAGCCGGUUCUUCUUCAUUACUUAUCUUAUAUAAAAGUUCUUCAAGGCCUAGAAAUAAGAGUAGCAACAAGUACAAGAUUAAAAACAUGCUUAUAUAACUUCACAUCUCCUGGUGGUCCCAUGUACCCGACAAGAGAUGUUCGUCAUGCAGCGUGGGAUGCAUUAGACUUUCUUUUCCCUGUCGGGAGAUAUCCGAGACAUGUAAUCAGUCUCUUCUUUCGACUACUUUAUCCAUGGUACUGGCCCUCUUCUUGUUGGAACUUCGUAUGUUCUUGUGUAAGAGCUAUCCUAUAUUCUGUGUUGCUAUUUUUAUUUUCUACCUGGGAAAGACUGACAGAACCGAAAACAUCGUAGAUAGUGAAAUUUAGUAUGUUGUGUUGUGCAAUGUGUAGUUGUGUAUGUGGAAGGAUAAAUGUGACUCAAAUUACGUCCCAUAUAUCUUAUUCCAUUUUCUGGCAAA